UCGCGCUGCCCUACUCUGCCACAGUCGGGUGGAGGGCUCUCCCAGGGUGUGGGACAGGCUUCUACAGCUCCGAGGAGGAAGUGCAGCCCCGACCUCCUGGUGCCUGUACCUACGAGGUCGCUUUAAGACCAGCAAGCUGGCUUCAGGGAGCUAAGAGAGACUCAGAUUUUCCGGAUUUCCUCAGGCAUCUAUGAGAACUCAGGACUCCAGCCAUGCAGCCACAGGCCCUGCUCCAAAAGGACCGCCCCGUGCCACAAAGGGAGCCACCCGAAUUUUCUUGGCAUCCAGCUGGUGACCUCUGACGUGCAUCCUUGACAACAGGAGUUGCUUGUUAACCUCCCAGAGAGGAUCCCUUUCCUUAGGAGGGCCAGACUGAGUGGGUGAGGGCUGGCCCGUUCCGGACUAUGCCGUCCAAGUCAGCUUGUCUGCGUCACAUGGAGGUACCUGGGCAGCUGGAGGGCAGAAUGCUCCAGGGACAGCUUCCAAACACAGACAAGAACCUCACCCCAACAUCUGGCUCCCUAUCAGCCACUGACCAUCAGGGUUCAGAGACAAACCCCAUGCCUCCUUUCAGCAUUCCAGCAAAACCAAGCAACCAGAAUCCACAAGCUAAGGCAAACCCCAUCACCCCACAGCUACCUAUGAGACCCAAGUUGGAGCGAACCCUGUCCCUGGAUGACAAGGGCUGGAGAAGAAGGCGUUUCCAAGAUAGUCAGGAUGAUCUGACAGUCCAGAAUGGGGCCAGUCCCUGCAUGGGCUCCAUGCAGGACUCCGUUGCCCAGUCUCCUGCCUGCAGUCGGCCCCUACCCUGCCUCAGCACGUCCUUGCAGGAGAUUCCUAAGCCCCGAAGGGCCACAGGCAGUGAGGGAGGGAGCCCAUCCUUGUGGAGUGACUGUCUCCCUGGAAUGAUCAGCACCUCCUUGGACCUCCUGCACAGAGAGGCCACCCCAGGUGGGGGCUCCCCCAGGUUGGCAAGUUUGCAUGCUGCACACACACCACCAGCCAUGGACCUCAACAUAGCCUCCAGCUCCCUGAGAACAGCAAACAAGGUUGACCCUGAGCAUGCCGACUACAAGCUCCGCAUGCAGACCAGGCUGGUCAGGGCUCACAGCAGCCUUGGCUCUAGCAGGCCCCGGAGCCCCUUGGUUGGUGACGAUCACUCCAUUCACUCAGCCAGAUCUUCUUUCAGCCUUCUGGCCCCCAUCCGCACCAAGGACAUCAGAAGCAGGAGCUAUCUGGAGGGAAGUCUUAUGGCCAGUGGGGCCCUGCUAGGAGCAGAUGAGCUGGCCAGGUACUUCCCAGACCGGAACAUGGCUCUCUUUGUGGCUACCUGGAACAUGCAGGGCCAGAAGGAGCUCCCAGCGAGCCUGGAUGAGUUUCUGCUCCCCACUGAGGCCGACUAUACUCAGGACUUGUACGUCAUUGGAGUUCAGGAGGGCUGCUCUGACAGGCGGGAGUGGGAAACACGCCUGCAGGAGACACUGGGCCCUCAGUAUGUGCUGCUGUCAUCAGCAGCUCACGGGGUCCUGUAUAUGUCCCUGUUUAUCCGCAGGGACCUCAUCUGGUUCUGCUCAGAGGUCGAGUACUCCACAGUAACUACACGCAUCGUGUCUCAGAUCAAGACCAAGGGGGCCCUGGGCGUCAGCUUCACCUUUUUCGGCACCUCCUUCCUCUUCAUCACAUCUCACUUCACCUCUGGAGAUGGGAAGGUAGCGGAGCGGCUGCUGGACUACAGCAGAACCAUCCAAGCUCUAGCCCUGCCCCGGAAUGUGCCCGACACAAACCCCUACCGCUCCAGUGCAGGGGAUGUCACUACCCGGUUUGAUGAGGUGUUCUGGUUUGGGGACUUCAACUUCCGCCUGAGUGGUGGACGAGUGGCUGUGGAGGCCUUCCUGAAGCAAGACACAGAGGUGGAUGUGCUGGCACUCCUGCAACAUGACCAGCUCACCCGGGAGAUGAAGAAAGGGUCCAUCUUCAAGGGCUUCGAGGAGGCGGAAAUCCACUUUCUCCCAUCCUACAAGUUUGACAUUGGGAAGGACACCUAUGACAGCACCUCUAAGCAGAGGACACCUUCCUACACAGACAGAGUCUUAUACAAAAGCCGCCACAAGGGUGACAUCUGUCCCAUGAAGUAUUCCUCUUGCCCUGGGAUCAAGACUUCAGACCAUCGUCCUGUGUAUGGCCUGUUCCGGGUGAAAGUGAGGCCAGGGAGAGACAACAUCCCAUUAGCGGCUGGCAAGUUUGACCGAGAGCUAUACUUGAUAGGAAUUAAAAGACGGAUUUCAAAAGAACUUCAGAAACAGCAAACAAUGAAGAACCAGAGCUCCAGUGCUGUGUGCACUGUGUCUUGAAGUUACCAGACAAGUACUGGCUACUGCAGCUUGGGGACCAAGGUCACUGGAAAGAGAUUGGGCUUGUUCUUUGGUGCCUCUUGCCAUGUUGGGGUCUAAUAAACCAUGGCUAGGGGCUCUCCUGCAUUCAGUACAGACCCCAACCCUCAGGACAGCAGUUCCCACAGGCACAUGGCAGGGAUUUGUUCUGAGUGGGACAUAUAGACACCAAGCAGCAGCCUCACACAGAAGCUGUAGACAGAGUGAGGCUCACCCCAAGCAACCCCACACCCUCCCUACGGAACAGUCCCAGCUUCCUGCCCUUGGCACUGUGGCUUUUCAACCCUGUCCCUGUUCUCACGCCAGAGCCCAGGUUACAGAUCUGUGUCCUAGCAGCCCUUUCCUCUUCCAGAGAGGGAUCAGACAACCUCUGCUAGCUUAGAUUCGCAAUGGCCCUAAAACCUGCCAAGGCCUAGAAUUCAGAAGCCAAAGCUAGUCACUUCUGGAGUGUACCUAGCAGGCAUUUUGGCAAGUUUUGGGGUUCUACAUCCUGGCCCCAGGCUCCCAACCUCCAGUUGAAUAGGGACCUCUCCUCUCCACAGCUCUAUCAAUUCAUGGCUUUAGGAGCAUCAGACCAUUUGCUUUUGUGCUGCUAGCCCCAGAAAUGGCAUUAGAGGUGAUGUCACAGGGCAGCACCUUGCUGGGCUUCAUUCCUUGAAGGCGGCUUAGAACUCAUCGUUGCUUUCAAUCUCACCCCAUCCCUGAGCGACAUAGCCUUGAAUGUACAGACACCUAGGGGCAUGCAUCCAUUCUAGUCUUCUAAAUAAUUUAUUUUUCCAUAUUUAUAUUUUUAAAUAAAUGCAUAUAUUCAAUCGUGA